GUUCUUCAACAUUUACGUGAUGAAAGAUCCGAAGUGAAAGACAUUCGGUCGGGGUCUUCCACUAGAGUUAAACAGUGCGAAAUCCGUGGUACUAGUACCGUUUAAACACACGUCGAAAAAUGACCGUGACGGUACCACUUUUGCUUUUCGUGGUACUCGCUAUAGUCGGUGAAGUAAAAAGCGAAUACUAUGGCAAACUAAUCGGCAAACUAAGCGAACUACACCAUGGCGUAUCGGGGGAAGUAUAUGCGGUAGAUGGUCGAACGUUAUACAUCAAAGACUACACAUAUGACGGACAAGGUCCAGCCGCUUACUUCUACGCCUCCACAUAUAAAACCCCCGACAGCAAAGGGUUCAGGCUAAGGGAUGAAAACAACAACGGAGAAGUGAUUAGGAAGUACCGAAAAGAGGGUGUCACCUUAACCCUCCCCGAAGGAAAAACCUUGAACAAUAUUAAAGUGUUUUACGUCUACUGUGAGGAGUUCGACGUGAGCUUUGGCGACGUGAAGAUCCCGCGGGGGUUCGACUACCCCCGACCCCAAAAGAUCGACGCGCUUAAGGGGGUGCACGAAAUCUCAUCCGACAACAUCGUCGUGGUCGACGCCCAAACUUUACUCAUUCCGAACUUGCGAUACGACGGAGAACCUCCCGAUGGUAAAUUUUGGGUGGGUCGUGGUCCUAAUCCCACCCCCCAAGGUAUCCGAGUGCCAGACGAAAACGGCAAAGAAACACCCCUAAGAAGAUACGAUGGAAAAACGGUGGUGCUCACCCUACCCGGAGACCUCACCGUCUUCGAUAUCGGCCAUUUUGGCAUCUGGUGCGAACAAUUCACCGUCGAUUUCGGUCAUAUUCAGAUUCCACCCAACUUGAACGUGCCUCCCAGCUUGAAAAUGCUUGGGGUUAGCCCUCAGUCAAAACUCAACUGCGAAGUGCUCAACGACAAACUGGCCCUCGAAGUACGUUGGGCAGUAGCUGGCGAGAGCAUCGUCCUACAAUUAGUCGGAAUGUUAGAUGAUCGAGAAUAUAUGUCCUUUGGACUCUCGGGAGACGUAUCCAGAAGCGAGAUGAUAGGAGGAGACGUGGUGGUCGCCUGGGUAGACAAGGAGACCCUGAAAGGUUAUGCGGAAGACUACUAUUUGCAAGACAAGGCGCAAUGCUCUGGACCAUCAGGAUCAUGCCCAGACAACAAAUUCGAAGAGAACACCAACAACGUCAGACUGUUGAACGCCGCUAUGGUCAACGGUUAUUCCAUCGUGACCUACCAGAGACCCUUAAAAGCUUCUGACCAAUACGACCAGCCGAUUUACACCAACCAAUCGCAAGCGAUAAUUUGGGCUGUAGGACCCUUAAACCAAAGGGACGAGGUGUCUUUCCAUAGCAGUUACCUUAAAGGUGAUAGUUUUAUCGAGUUUGCUCGUCCGGCGAAAUGGAACUGCCCCAAUCCAGAAAACCAUUCGAAACCCCAUCAAAUACCUGUAGCACCCUCCAGACGAGAAGAUGAACCGGAACCAGCCAGUCAAAGAAGGAAAGAGACUGGUAAUAGAAGAAGAGGUUCCGGCAACAGAAGACAACCGGUAGCAACCACAGAAGAUGCCGAAGAGGUUCAGGCAACAAGAAGCCAACCCACACGCACCAAAGUUAGUAAUAGGGGCGGCCAAAGGGGUACAGUACCACCCCCGACCCCUGUAAAAAGUACAGUGAAGCCUUGGUACAUCCCUCCGAUUGAGUGUAAUGAGCCGGAGAACGGAGUAUUUUAUGCACAAAUGGGACCUACUGGAGGAAAAAGAGGAUAUCCAGCCAUCACAGGGCACGUUGGCUGGGGCAUUUCCUGGUACAUAAACGGCUUACUAAUCCCGGAAAUCCACGUGGUAAGGGGUAAGACCUACACCUUUAUAACCGAGGGUGGUGAGGACUCCAGCAUACCAGCCAAAUACCACCCUUUUUACAUCACCGAUGAUCCAAUUGGAGGUUACGUCUAUAAAACGCCUGAGGAGCGAAAGAACAUCACGAUCUUCUCGGGGGUGAGUUUCGAUAAAACGGGAGAACCGGUUCCCACGGGAACAGGGAGGUUGUGCAACUGGACUCCCACGGGUGACAUCGAGGCCGACGAUUUUGAAUCUUUCGGUGCCUACCAGCGCCAUCUGGAGCUUAAGUGUGAUAAUGGAGAGCCUGGAAUAAUCGAGUGGACUCCAGACGAUGACACCCCCGAUACUGUUUACUAUCAUUGCUUCUCUCAUCGCCACCUGGGCUGGAAAAUCCACGUGCACGACACGUGCGACCAAAGCGGAGCCGCCAGUGAACUUCACCCAUCAAUCGUCGAACCUCCAAAGGAAACUGUCGUCACGAAACCGGAAACUAACGCACCAAUUAUACCGGAACUGACACAAUAGAACCAACACAACAGCAUAAACGGGACACAUCACCACCUUUCUUGAACCCAUACAGUCAGGUCAACUCUUUUCUGCCAUACCUUCAGCACCAGCGGGAUCAGGGCUUGAAAUUUCGGGGCAUUUCCGCACCAGACUUUACCCUAUUGACCAGUAAACACUUUACAACCACCCCACGAACUACCAAUAUGCUGACCCAACAAACAAUUCUUCUUCCUUCCGCUACUGUUCAUUACAA